AAUAAAAUAAAAAAAAUCUAAAAAAUAAAAUAAAAAAAAAAACUAAAUAAAAAAAAAAUGGAUUAAAACACUCCGAAACAAGUGGAACUAAUAUUCAAUGCUACUAAACUAUAGGGCGGAACAUCAUAAUAAGAUCCUUACUUAAAGAUAUUCUUCAUUGAUAACGAAAACACUUAUAAAGAAUUAGGUGAAACUGAAUUUUAAAAAAGGGAUCCAAACCCAAAAUGGGUAAAAUCCUUUAAAAUGGAUUUUAUUUUCUAAAGAAGAUAAAAUUUACGUUUCGAAGUAUGGGACAAAAACACUAUUUCUUCUGACAAGCUCAUUGGAACUGCCGAAGCCACAUUAUCCUAAAUAAUGGCUGAUUAAACUAACAACUUAAAGCUUUCUUUAACUGAUUAAAAAAACAAUCAUGUAGGAGAUUUAUUCUGUAGAGCAGGAAACGUAGGAACAAACUGUGUAUAAUGGACUUGGGAGGGAAUUAAGCUUAAAAAUAUGGAUACCUUUUCCAAGAGUGAUCCUUUAAUGAGACUUUGGUAUAAAGGCGAUAACGAAACUUAUGUUUAUAUUAAAGAAACUGAAGUCAUUAUGGAUAAUAAUGAUCCUAAAUGGAAACGUUUUGAAACUUCUCUCAAUCUUUUAUGUAAAAAUGACUUGAAUAGAUAAUUCUAUAUAGAAGUUAAAGACUGGGAAUAAUCUGGAAAUUACAAAUUUAUAGGAGAAGCUUAUGUGUCCCUAGCCUGGAUUAUAUAAAAUCCUAAUGCCUUAAUUGAAUUGAAAGAUAAAGGAAAAAUUAAUGGACAUUUAAAAUGCUCCGAUGUAAAAUUAGUAAAGCCUGAAUUUAUUGACUUUUUAAUGGGUGGAUAGUAAAUAAAUAUAAUUUCCGCAAUUGAUUAUACUGCUUCUAAUGGAGAAUAUACAGACCCUAAUUCUUUGCAUUGUGCGGAUUUGUCUAGAAACUAAUAUUUGACCACUUUAAAGGCUGUCUGUGAUGUAUUACUUGAUUUUGAUUAAGAUAAGAAAAUUUCUAUGUAUGGAUUCGGUGGUGUACCUGAGUUCCCAAAUUUUAAGAAAUAUGAUACUGAUCAUUGUUUUCCUGUUACUGGAAAUCCAAAUAAUGCUGAAGUAGGAGGAGUUGACGGAAUAGUAUAGACUUAUUUAGACUCUCUUAAGUAUGUAACUUUAUGCGGACCUACUUUGUUCUCUGAAAUUAUACAAAAAAGUAUGGAAUAUGCAAAAAAAUAGUAAGAUAAUAACGUUUAUACUAUCUUACUUAUCCUAACUGAUGGUGUUAUAGAUGAUUUGUAAGAAUCUAAAAUUUUGCUUUCUUAAGCUGGUGAAUUACCUUUUUCUGUAGUAAUUGUAGGUAUUGGUAAUGAUAAAUUUACUAGUAUGAAGGAAUUAGAUGGACCUGAUGUUAAGGAAAUGACAGAUGUUUAAUACAAGAGAGAUUGCUGCAAUUUCAUCAGAUUCGCAGAUUACAAAAAAGAUAGCAAAAAAUUACUCGAAUAAAUUUUAGCUGAAAUACCAUAACAAUUAACUACUUAUAAAAAACAACAUAAAUAAUUUGUUAGAUGAAUAAAGAAAAAAUCAUAAUUUUAUUUUAUUUUAAAUAUAAAUAAAUAUUAAUUAUUUAUGAUAAUAAUUCUAAUAAUAUUUUGUAGGAUAUUUUUUUUAAUU